GUGCCUGCCUCAGCCCGACGCCCGUGCCAUGCGGGCGUCUCCGUCUCGGCUGUGACGGCAGCUCGGUGCCUACGAUGGACGACCUGGCUCUGCUCGACCUGCUGGAGUGCCCGGUGUGCUUCGAAAAGCUCGACGCCACGGCCAAGGUGCUGCCGUGCCAGCACACGUUCUGCAAGCCCUGUCUGCAGAGGAUCCUCAAGUCCCAGAAGGAGCUCCGGUGCCCCGAGUGCAGGACGCUCGUCCUCUGCGGCAUCGAGCAGCUGCCGGCCAACCUGCUGCUCAUCCGCCUGCUGGAUGGUGUCAGGUACGGGCAGAAUGCGCCCCGCUUUGGCUCCGUGCAGCGCUCAGGGCUCCUGUCCUCCCCCGCCUGCAUCCGCAGGGCCCCGCGGGGUCUGCAGCUCGCCCAGCACCGGCCGCCCACCGCCCCCAGGAGCCUCACGGAUGGGGUGCCGCGAGCCAAAGCGCUGUUCUCGUACCGGGGCCACAACCCCGGCGAGCUGCGCUUCAACAAGGGGGACGUCAUCGUGCUGCUGCGGCAGCUGGACCAGAACUGGUACCUGGGGGAGCUGAACGGCGUCAGCGGGGUCUUCCCAGCCAGCUCCGUGCAGGUCAUCAAACAGCUGCCGCUGCCGCCGCCUCUCUGCAGGGCUCUUUACAACUUCGACCUGAGGAGCAGGGAUAGGAGUGAGAACAACGACUGCCUGUCAUUCCACAAGGGAGACAUCAUCACCGUCAUCAGCAGAGUCGAUGGCAACUGGGCCGAGGGCAAGCUGGGCGACAAAGUGGGCAUCUUCCCUGUGCUGUUUGUGGAGCCAAACACGACAGCACGGCAGCUCCUGCAAAGCAGCAAAGGCUCCUGGCCCACCCCGCUCCGCUGCGCACCGCUGAGCGCAGCCUCCCCGAAGGCGCAGGGCCGGGAGCUGCACAAGGCGCCCGACGCGCGGCGCAAGAGCCUGCGGCCCUUCUCCAUCACCACGGCCCUCAACACGCUGAACCGCAUGGUGCACGCCCCUGCCGACCGCCCCGCGCUGCGCAUCAGCUCCCCGGUGCUCAUCAGCUCCAGCAACCCCAGCGUGGCCGCUGCCGGUAGUGAGGAUGCGGCCCGUGGGACCCCCGCCCAGGUCAGCGCAUCCUACUAUCCUGCUCCGGGAUCACUGAGGCACUCGGCAGCCAUCGUCACUCUGCCCCACCUGCAGCAUCACCUCUCAGCCAACAUGAAGCCGAGCGUGCCCGACUCGAAGCUGCCCGCGCUGUACGCCUCCUGGACGCUGUCGGCCUCGUCGGUGUCCUCCCAGGGCAGCGCCUCCGAGAGCGCGCAGCGCCAGAGCCGAGCGCUGAAGGCAGCGCUGCCCCUGGGGCACACGGCGCUGCGGCGCGGCCGCGGCUGCACCAGGAAGAAUGGGUCCCUGCAGAGGCCGGGGCAGGCAGGGCUGCAGGCUGCCAGCUCCCUCCGCCGCGUUCCCACGGCCGGGCUGCAGCCGUACCCACAUGCUGGCAGCUCAGCGCACAGCAGCCCCGCUGCCGGCACAGCCGAGAUGGGCGCGAGGCCCAACUUCUCCCACGAAGCCCUGCCAGCACUCGUGGUCAGAGGAGGGGAAAGCAGGACUCCAUCUGUCUGCAGUUCGGUGAUCCUGGACACCACGGAGCCUCUGGCAAAGAGUGAGUCGGUGCCCCGGCCGCCCGCAUCGGCCCCGCCGUCCAUCCUGGUGAAGCCGGACACCUCCCGUAACAGCAGUGACAAGCAGGUGAAGACGGUGCGGUUCCAGAACCACAGCCCGCCGCCCAAGCGGCACGGCCCGCAGCCCUCCCCGCGCCUGCCCCGCAGCAGCACCGAGUCGGCGCUCGCAGCUGAGCCCCCGCCGCCCGACGGGAGCCCCGAGCCGCCCGCGCUGCCCUCCCCGCGCCUGGGCAGCAGCCCCCUGCAUCCCCGCAGAGCGCUGCACCCGCGGGCGGCGUCGCUGGAGCUGUCAGCGCCGCUGACCUUCCCCGUCAGGAAGAGCUACAGCAGCGUCUCCGCCAACUGACAGGUAGUGCCCGCAGCCCCGCACCCAUCUGCCCCUCCUGGGGGUGGUGUGGAGCUCGGGGACCCCGGAGGGCGGUGACACGGAGCGGCUGCUCGCGCAGGGAACGGGGAUGAAGCGGGAUGGGAGGACGGGCACAGCGGAACGGCGCUGCGUGCUGCGAUCUCCAAGGGGCCACAGCUGUGCCCACGGGGAUCCAAGCGGCAAAUGUCACCUUCCUACAGGAUGGGGCUCCAGCUCACGUGCUCAUCACUGGUGUUGAGACCACCCGUGCCCAUCUGACACAAUGAACAUCGGAUCCAAAACUGCUGUAACGUCACAUCCAUCGUUAAACACGUUCCAAACCCGUGGAACUAGCUUCAUUGGUGACCCAAAACUCACCACGGCCAUAGAGCAGCCCCAGCAAAGGAGCCUUUGGAACAGAGGGACUGACAACUGUCCACUAUCCCACACGCUUGGCUCUCUCAGACCCUUUCUCUUUAAGCAGCAGAAAGGGAUUUCCAGCAGCACUGCAUCCUUUGCCCGCUGCUCUCAGGUACAGGGGGCAGUGCAGGCAGAGAACAGGACGCCCUCAGCGUCACUGCACAGCCCAGAGCAAACACCAGCGCUUUGCAGAAGGUUCCUCUCAUCCCCUUAAAAAAGUAAUCCAGAAACCUCAGCAGCUCUACAGCCAGGAACAACUGCCCCCUCCAGACACGUCCAGAGGUGAACAGAACCGCACAGCGCCCCUGGCCAGCCGUGGCAGUGAUUUACACACACAGCAGCCACGCAGCGCUCCUACCAGCCCCUGCUCAGAACACCAUUCCCCCUGCCAGGACAAACAGCACCGAGGCAGCACUGCACAGAAGAACACUGCAAUGCUGUGCAGCCCGUUGUGUGGUGCUGAGACUUCACACAGUGCUCCCAACCCGCUGGGUGAUGGCAACCACUGAGCAUCCAUUCAGCUGCUGGGGGAAGGAAAGGCUCUGCCACUGCAUGUGAACAGCUGGGGGCAGCGAUGGGCAAAGGCACCGAGUGGAAGGGCUGUUUUGCUAAGAGCAGGAGGCCAUUCUGGGACAGAUCCCAGAGCUCCUGGCACAGGGUGUCCCUGCUUUGAUGCUAUUCCCUCAACCAAAACAUGGAGGGAGAGACAACCGAAAACAGGGCGCCACUUACAGCAACAGCUCUAAUCGGUGCUGUCAAGCUGCUCCCAAGCUGCAAUG